CUGUCGAACUCGCCUUAUUCAUUUCCCCCACUGCUCCUAGCUCUCUUCGUCUUCUUCAUCCUCAUCCGUGAGAAAAAAACCAGGGGGUGUUCUGAGAUCACAUUAGAGCAAAAUGGUGAAGGCAGUUGUUGUGCUUGGAAACAGCGAUGGCGUCAAAGGGACUGUCUACUUCACCCAGGAAGGCGAUGGUCCUACCACCGUGACAGGAGACAUCUCUGGUCUCAAGCCUGGGCUUCAUGGCUUCCAUGUCCACGCCAUGGGAGAUACAACAAACGGCUGCAUGUCAACUGGUACAUACGCUUUUGCUUGUGCAGGCCCCCAUUUCAAUCCUCAGGGCAAAGAACAUGGAGCUCCAGAGGAUGAAGACCGCCAUGCGGGUGACCUUGGAAAUGUUACAGUUGGAGAUGACGGUACUGCAACUUUCACUAUUGUUGACAAGCAUAUCCCUCUUACUGGUCCACACUCCAUCAUUGGGAGGGCUGUUGUUGUUCAUGCUGAUCCCGAUGAUCUUGGAAAGGGUGGACACGAGCUCAGCAAAAGCACUGGCAAUGCUGGUGGAAGGAUUGCCUGCGGCAUUAUCGGGCUGCAAGGUUAAGAAAUUUGGUAUCUCUCUGGUUUCCUCGGCUGCUUGAAUAAAUGGUAAAAAUGCUCGAUGAAUGUUGAACGAGUCAAUGUUGUCAAGGGAGAGAGAGAUAAUAUGUGAGGGAUAAGGAGAAACGGGGAAAAAGAAUGAGAGAACCUUCUUGAAUAAGAAAACAAGAACUGUACUAUGGUGUACCUUUUUUAUAGCUGGAUUUCUGGUUAAUGGUGUACCUUCUUCAUAGCAGGAUUUCUAGUUAAUCUGCUUGUGUUUGAUUUUUUUAGGGUUAAUUACAAGUUUGGUCAUUGGGU